AUGUCACUGCUUAGUAGAUUCUUCUACAAGAGGCCUCCCGAUGGACUACUGGAGUUCAUUGACAGGAUCUAUGUUUUUGAUUCAUGCUUCUGCACUGAAGUUUUGCCGCAUGGAAUGUACCCAGUCUAUUUGAAUGGAAUUCUUACAGAGUUGCAUGAAGAGCAUGCAGAAUCUCAAUUUCUGGCGAUUAACUUCAGAGAUGGGGAUAAGAGAAGCCAGCUUGCUGAUAUCCUACAUGAAUAUGAUAUUCCAGUAAUUGACUACCCACGUCAUUUUGAAGGCUGUCCAGUGCUUCCUCUAUCUCUUAUACAGCAUUUUCUUCGUGUCUGUGAACACUGGCUAUCUACUGGGAACAGCCAAAAUAUCGUACUACUCCAUUGUGAGAGAGGGGGCUGGCCAUCAUUGGCAUUUCUGCUAUCUUGUUUUCUUAUUUUCAAGAAGUUGCACAGUGCAGAACAUAGAACUCUGGACAUUGUUCACCGUGAGGCCCCUAAAGGGUUCCUACAGCUAUUUUCUGCACUCAACCCAAUGCCGUCUCAGCUUCGAUAUAUGCAGUAUGUAGCCAGAAGAAAUAUCUCUCCAGAGUGGCCUCCUAUGGAGCGGGCGCUCUCUUUGGAUUGUCUGAUCCUUCGAGCUAUUCCAAAUUUUGAUUCUGAUAAUGGAUGUAGGCCAUUGAUCCGAAUUUUCGGUCGAAAUCUUCUUGGCAAGAAUGCUAGCAUGACUGACAUGAUUUUUUCAAUGCCUAAGAAGAAGUCCUUGCGCCACUAUCGACAGGAGGACUGUGAUGUGAUAAAAAUUGAUAUCCAGUGUCCAGUCCAGGGAGAUGUUGUUCUGGAGUGCGUACAUCUUGAUCUUGAUCCAGGAAAGGAAGUUAUGAUGUUCCGGAUAAUGUUCAAUACUGCUUUUAUCCGUUCAAAUGUACUGAUGCUGAAUAGUGAUGAUGUUGAUAUACUCUGGGGUUCAAAAGAUCGGUACCCGAAGAAUUUUAGAGCAGAGGUACUGUUUUGUGAAAUUGGGGGCAUUUCUCCUCCAAGGGCUCCAACAGUAACAUUGAAUGGUGAUAUGAAAGGUGGUUUACCAAUUGAAGCCUUUUCAGCUGUUCAAGAACUCUUCAAUGAUGUUGAAUGGAUGGAAAGCGGUGACAAUGCUGCUUUUUGGUUGCUCAAAGAAUUCUCAGCAAACUCUCUGCAAGAUAAAUUUCAAAAGCUAAUACUCAGCGACAUGAAAGAGCUUUCGAAGUUCCAAGCUAAAGUUGGCCUCCAGAUGCCACCAAUGUCUCCACUGGAUUCUGAUGAAGAAAAAUAUUCUGCGGCUUCUGAUUCCGGUUAUUCAGUAGAUUAUGAGAAGGUUCAACAUGGUGGGAACUCAUCUGACUCAGAGAACAUUGAUCGUUCUCUUACCACUGAAGAUUCUGAAUCUAUUGCUACUUCCUCAGCGAACACUUCAUCUCCUCCUCCACAUGGUAGAUCUUGUGGCCUUUCAACUGAACAAAGUCUGCUGUCAGGAGAAUUACAGCACGAGUUAACUAGCUGGCAGCCGCCACCACUAUCAGCAGAAAAUGGCGACAAACAUGCUAUCUCGGCACAGGUGUCACCACCAGCAGCAGCAAAUGGAAGCAAACCUAUUAUCUCGGCGCCGCCGCCGCCACCACCACCACCACCACCCCACCACCUCAAGCUCCAAAACCACCUGGAACUGUACCCCCUCCACCACCAAGCUCAAAAAUCUCAAAUGCACCAGCACCACCUCCAGUAUUGGGAAGGGGAAGAGCAGCAACCGGAUCAGCAAAAGGUCGUGGCAUGGGAUUGGCGCUUCAAAGUAACCCCCCAAAGAAAGCUUCAUUAA